UGGUUGCAGUGUUACAGAGUGAAAUGGGGACGGUGGGAUUGGCGCCGGGAUUAUCAAGGAAGCUGAAGAAAGUGCUGGAAUGUCGUACGGACACACCGGAUCUGGUGUCCUCAUUAGACGUCCUCUCUUCUUUCUACUCCGACAACACUCCUCAGGCCCGCCGCAAUCUCAGAUCCACCGUCGAAAAACGCUCUCUCCAAAUCAAUUUUCAAUUCCUGCAAGCCUCCCACGCUGCCCAGCAGGCUUUGGAUCGAGUCGAGGAGGAGGUCAAUUCUCUUGAUCAAUGCUGCGAUAAGAUUGCGAAGGCUUUGAACAGUUGUAGUGCGAGCACGGGUGAUAUUAUCAGUACCACGGAGAGACUUAAACAGGAGCUUGAAGUGACUACACAAAGGCAGGAAAUCGUGUUGUGCUUCCUUCGCGAUUAUCAGCUCUCUAAUGAAGAGAUAAAUGCACUGAGGGAUGAAGAAUUGAACGAGAAUUUCUUCAAGGCGCUUUCUCAUGUUCAAGAAAUUCAUGCCAACUGCAAACUACUCUUACGCACACAUCACCAGCGCGCUGGAUUGGAGCUGAUGGAUAUGAUGGCUGUCUACCAAGAAGGAGCUUAUGAACGGCUAUGCAGAUGGGUUCAGGCAGAGUGUAGGAAACUGGGCGAUGUUGAUAAUCCUGAAGUCAGUGAGCUUUUAAAAACAGCAGUUGGCUGCCUCAAAGAAAGGCCUGUCCUUUUCAAGUAUUGUGCAGAAGAGGUAGCAAAUAUGAGGCACAACGCAUUAUUUAGAAGAUUUAUAAGUGCUCUUACACGUGGGGGUCCUGGUGGAAUGCCUCGACCAAUAGAGGUUCAUGCACAUGAUCCAUUGAGAUAUGUGGGCGACAUGCUAGGGUGGUUACAUCAGGCCUUGGCAUCCGAACGAGAGCUUGUUCUUGUGUUAUUUGAUCCAGAUGCUGCACCAGAUACCGGCUCUUCUGGAAAUCGAUUGUUUAAUGGCUCGGAUAAUGGUAGUGGGAAGUUAGAAUCUGACUUGGCAUCUAUCUUGGAUAGAAUUUUCGAAGGAGUUUGCCGGCCUUUUAAAGUCAGAGUUGAACAAGUUUUGCAGUCACAACCUAGCCUUAUAGUUGCAUAUAAACUGAGUAAUACCCUGGAAUUUUACAGCUACACUAUGUCAGAUUUGCUUGGGAGAGACACAGCUCUCUGUAAUACAAUUUGGUUGCUCAAAGAGGCUGCUCAGAGAACCUUUUUUGACAUCCUGAAAAGUCGGGGAGAGAGGCUUCUACGUUAUCCUCCUCUUGUUGCCGUUGAUCUUUCUCCUCCAGAGGCAGUUAGAGAAGGAGUCUCUAUUCUACUUGAAAUAAUUGAGACCCAUAACAGAAUGAUGGUUCUUGCUUCAGAGAAAAAGCCUGAUUUUGAUUCAGUAAUAUCUGCCACACUUGAUCCUAUUAUUCAGAUGUGUGAGCAAGCAGCCGAGGCACACAAGUCCAAGGGGGUUGCCCACUCGUCAAGAAGAAGAACCAGUUUGGACCCUGGGCAAAUUAAUAGAUCUUCCGUUGACGCACUCUUGUCAAAUAGCAAUUCUUCGCCAUCUUCUCAGAAUAGUGAAACACCUUCGAAGAUAUUCCUCAUCAACUGCUUGUGUGCAAUCCAGCAACCGCUAUACAGGCACGAUAUUGCAGCUGACUAUGUAAAAAAGCUUGAACGGAUGGUAGAAAAUCACAUGCAUGCUCUUGUGGGGAAAGAAGUUGAUGCCAUUCUUACAAGAUGUGGCUUGUCAAAUAAGAUGCCCCACUUUCAAAAGUCGGUUAGCAACGAAGCUGGAGAUACACCACUCGCACAGAUCGAAGACACGUCUCCAGCCUCUCUUUCAGAGUCUUUGAGGGCUUUCUUUGGACUUAUACUAGGAAGUGAGAGUUCCCUUCCCGAAUUUGAGCAAAUGCAGGUUCCAAAGUUGCGUUCUGAAGCUUGUCUUAUGCUGGCAAGGUCACUUGCGGAAGCCUAUGAGCUUAUAUAUGCUGCAAUUAUGGAUCCAAAGAAUGGCUACAUAGAACCAAAAUCAUUGGCAAGGCAUCCUCCUGAUCAGAUUCAGACCAUUUUAGGCAUAUGAGUAUAUGCUGUUCAUCAAUUUUUUUUUAUUAUUUUAACCUUGUGAGCCUUUUUCGUUUUGACAUUUUUGCUGAUAUACAAGAAUAGGUAAUAUAUAAAUUCAUCUUCAUAUACUAAA